UUUUUUUUCCCUUUUUUCUUUUUUUCCUUCUUUGUCUUUUUUAUUGGGUUUCUGAAUUUCUUGGGUGGUGUGGCCGGGAGCAGUAGCCACUUUGAUCGAAAGUUCGCUGUCCCUGAAAGACCGACCCGACCUCCGGCCCUCCUUCGGUUCUAAACCUCCCACGCACACACAUUUUUGCUUAACGGGACGCCCUCCCCGAGGCAAAGAAAAUAUGUUUUUUUUUUUUUCAACAUAUUUUUCACAUUUUGAUUUUUUUCCCUUUCCCUGUAUGGCUCAUUUCUCCAGAACUAAAUUGUGGGCCACUUCCCGCAUUCAGUUUAGCUUUUCUCACUGGGAAAAACUCUUACCUUCCAUAUUAACACGAUAGUACGCCGCCUUACGCCUCAGGUGCCUUCUCUUCUAUACUCAAUGGGGAAAUCUCUACUGUACGCUUAGUCUCCAUGACCGGCAGCUCUGUGCCGAGUUUGCCCCCCCUCUCCUCCACUCUCUCCAUACACUUGUAAAGCACAAUAAGAGGAUUCUGGGGUGUCAUGGUACGUUACAAUACAUCGGUAAAGUCGGCCAGUAGGUGAAAUACCUCUCCCCUCGGAGGUAUGCGACUGGUAUGGUACCAUACGCUUGGCCCGGCGUCUCCCUCGCUCUCGUACCUGGCUCUGGCUCUAGGGGUCCUACUCUUACUACUGCGUCCAGCCCAGUCCAGUCCGUACGCAGUGCCGCGUGCGGGUGGCCCUCGUUAAUUUUCCUAAUCCUUCCUGGCGUCCACCCAUUCAACCUCGUUUACUAUGCGCGAUUUUCCAUCCGCUUGCGACAAGGCUUUUUUUCGACCCUUCACCAAAUAAUUUCAAUGGAUUCGAGUAAUCAUAAUCAUCAUUUUGCCAUCAAAGUUCCAGAAAAUUUAAGACCAACGGGAGACGGACAAGACAAUGACAAGAAAACACUAUCGGUUUCUGUUAUCUUCCUUGCCCUGCAUCAAAUGACCAGUCAGGGUCCCGUCAUUUUACUUUUUAUUUUUGUUUAUUUCCUCCACCUCCUUGCAGCGGAUGAUGAAGAAAGAAGAAGACUAAUCUUUGUUCGAAAUCCAAUAGUACGAGAUCUGGAGUACGACGUAGUAGUGCUAAUAGUAGUAGUAGUAAUAGUAAAAUGUUCCGUUACGGGUGCAUACGAGACAUACAAGACAAACAAACAAAACUAACAUUGUUUUUUGUUUCUCGUUGCAGCAAAAUGCUCCGUUUGGUUACUUCAGACUUCAGACCGGAAAUACCCUAUUUACGGUUCCCAUUCAAGGGCCGUCCUACCCGACGUACCCGUCACCAAUAACCACGAGCUCAACCAAGCGGGAAAACGCAAGGGGUAAAGUCCAUGCCAUUUCCACAGGGCAAAGAAGAGCAAAUUAAAAAAAAAUGAAAUGAAAUGAAAUAAACAAAAGACAAUUUCGAGUCUCUCCUCCUGUAUGGUUUGAUUAUGAUACGAUGCUUCGGCAUCAUCAAUGGAUCAUCGUGAGACUUCAUUUGAUAAUAAUAAUGGUCGUCUCAACCGUUCGGAAGUCCCGACGUGUAAUGUACCUUUUCUUCCCACCCGGUGGAUGACCUCCAGAUUACACUUCAAUACGGAAUCUUUACCACAAUCUUAUGGCAUUCACCUUUCAAGCAGAACAGGAGUAGCGAGAGUAUUCCCAGACCAGAGCCCAUUGUUAUGUCAUCAGGAUUAGUUUUUCCUAUCGAUCAUUUGUUAUCAGUGGAAAGGAUGAACAAUAAUAAUUAUCAUUUAUUUUCUGCAGACGCACUCGUCGACCUUGUCCCCAC